AUCAUAUUUUCUAGCUACUCAUUAUCUGAGGUGGUCUAAUAUUUUCUUAUAUAUGUUUCUAGUUAGAGGAAUGGAAGGUGUGAAAUACAUUUGUUUCAGACAAAUAGAAUACUCGCUAGUGUUGAGGAAGGAAUUAGUAGAUGCAACGAUGGAAAUGGAAUUGAUUUCAAGAGAAAUCAUCACACCGUCUACACCAACUCUUCCCCACCUAAGAAUUUAUCCCCUUUCUUUCCUAGAUAUAGUCAUUCCUGCUAAUUAUAUGCCAUCACUUUUCUUUUACCAGCCAAACGAGGUGCGGCAAGAAUGUGACCAAAAAACCAAAAUAUCACAUCUCAAGAAAUCCUUAUCUCAAGUUCUAUCUAGAUACUACCCAUUUGCAGGAAGGCUCAUAGAUCGUCGUUCUAUCGAAUGCAACGACCAAGGUGUGUUAUUUCUAGUCACAAGAAUCACAGGUACAAAGCUAUCAACGAUCUUCCAAAACCCGACCGAAACAUUGUUGAACCCUUUGUACCCUGAUGGAUUGCAGUGGCAAGUUAUGAGCUCAAUUGAAAGUAUACUUGCCAUUCAAAUAAAUUGUUUUGCAUGUGGAGGCAUGGCAAUCAGUGUGUGCAUGAGUCACAAAAUUGGCGAAGCUGCCACUCUUUUCAACUUUGUCCAUGAUUGGGCCACCGUGAAUCGAGAAAAAGAAGGAGAGUUAUUAUUACCCUCCCCUUUUCUUGAUGGUGGAGUUUCAUUGUUCCCACAAGGGGACUUGCCUGUUUUCCCCGAAAUGGUGUUCGCAAAAGACAACAGUAGCACUUUAGUGUGCAGAAGGUUCGUGUUCCCAGCCUCUAAAAUCAAGUCUCUCAAGGCCAUGGUAUCUUCCCACGGGGUGCAAAAUCCUACGCGCGUUGAUAUUGUCACUGCUUGGAUUCACAAGUGUGUUGUUUCUGCAUUGGGGUUAACUUUAAAUAAGACAUCGCUCUGCAUAGCAGCCAACCUCCGUGGAAAAAUGGUUCCUCCAUUGCCUGACAAGUGCAUAGGGAAUAUGGCUUGGAGGUAUUUCGUGCUCAACCCAGUGGUGGACAAGAGCGACAGAGAGCUACCUGAGUUGGUAAGAAAAUUAAAAGAAGGGUUACGUGAGUUUUCUGAGGUGUAUCCAAAUAAAUUUGGAGGGAAUAAUAAGGACUUGACAUUUAUCUCCGAGUGCUUGAAACAAGCAUCUCCAAUUCCUGAGCCCCUCAAUAAAGCUCUUCCAGCUCCGGAGCCUUGUGGUUUUGAUCUUAAAGAGAAGGAAUUUUUUUUUACCUAUACUAGUUUGUGCAGACUCCCAAUGUAUGAAACAGAUUUUGGGUGGGGCAAACCUAUCUGGGUGACAGCUACUGGUAUGCCAAUGAUGAAUGCCGUAUUUUUUAUGGAUACAAAAGAUGGGGGUGGAAUUGAAGCGCUUGUGAAUAUGGACGAGAAAAACAUGGCCAGAUUUGAGCGUAAUGCGGAGCUCCUUCAAUUUGCUUCUCUGAAUCCAAACCCAUGGCCAUAUUUGAGCAUAAUGCAAAGCUCCCUCAAUUCGCGUUUCUGAUUCAAAACCCUCACAAAUGCUAAUAUUGUUCUCUCUUCUCAAACGCUCUCAUUUUCUUUGUAAUUUUUUCUAAUAAUUGUUGUAUGAUACCUUUAAUGUUCGUCAAAAUGUGAUUUAAUUACAUAGUCUAUCUUAGUGGGAUAAAGUCAUAAAAGCUUUAUUUCAACA